CCGGGAUUCGUCAGACCAGGCAAUGUGUUUUCCUCUCCUCAGUUGUCCAGUGUUGGUGAUGUCCACUGGAGCCUCUUCUUCUUGUUUUUAGCUGAGAGGAGUUGAACCCGGUGUGGUCGUCUGAUGCAAUAGCCCAUCCGUGACGAGGACUGUCGAGUUGUGCGUUCCCGACAUAUCGUUCUGCACACCACUGUUGUACUGCGCCGGUAUUUUGCCUGUUUGUAGUUGCACUCUUCUUGCUAUUCUCCUUGGACCUCUCAUCAACGAGCUGUUUUCACCCACAGGACUACCGUUCUCGGGAAAACACAAGACACCGUCGUGCGUGAAAAGCCCCCAGGAGGCCGGACGUUUCUGAGAUACUGGAACUGGCGCACCUGGCACCGACGAGAUCAUACUAAACUGAAAGCGCUUUUUACCGUUCUAACGUCUCACUGUCUGUAGGAGCAAAUCCUUGUCAUGAACAGGAUCUGUUACCUUUGGACUUCCUGUCGCGGGUCUUACCACCUGGCGGGGAGCCCCCCCUGCCUGAAGUGCACAUGGUCCAGUCCAGGGGGGCCCGGGGCCUGCAGCUAGCCGGCUCUCAGGAGGCCCUCAGCUUCCCCGCUUCGCAGCUCUUCACCAACUGUGACCACUUCCCUUCUGAGUUCUCCUUCGUGGUCACGCUCAAGAUCCCACGCCUUGCCAACAAAAGGAACGAGUACAUCUUCUCGUUGGUGGAGGAGGAGUCAGACCGGCUGCUGAUUGGUCUACUUGUCUCUCAGGAGAGGCUCCACUUUUUGUUCCAGGGCCCGACAGGCAAGAAACGGAUCACGUUUAGGGCGGUGCGGCUGGCGGACAACCACUGGCACACAGUGGUGGUGGCCGUCACCGGGCGCUAUGCUACACUCAGAGUGGACUGCGGUAUGGCCCUGGAGCUGAUCUAUGAGAAGCCUUUCCCCAGUGAUCUCUGCACUGCCCACUCCAGGUUCUACAUCGGCAGCAGGAGGCGGUGGAAAGGACUGUUCUCUGGUCUGCUGCGACAGCUGGUUUUGUUACCUGGGUCAGAUGCUACCUCCCGAGUUUGUCCCUCUUCAGACCCCAGACUGGCAGUCCUCUCUGUCCCUCAGGCCCUGCUCACCAUGCCCAUCACACCCACUGGGAACGACAUAGUCCCCCUGUAUCCUUACGAGGCAGAAGUGUUCAUAACCCCGGGGACCAAGCCUCCCUGUGCCAAGGCAGAGGAGGGCCAGCUGUGGUUUAACACACUGAAGAAAGGCUUGUUCCUGUGUGAUGGACGGCUGUGGAUGCCUCUGCUGCAAGAGAAAGAGCGUCUGGACUAUGUUGAAGACUACCAAGACCUUUACACCAACUCAGAGACGUUCGACAUCGAGGUGUUCCACAUCCCCUCCCAAGGACUGUUCGCUGCCACAGCCAAUCGCGAGACCAAGCCGGGCUCUGGAAUCUACAAGUGGGUGGAUGGGAAGUUUCAAGUGUAUCAGAACAUCAUCACCUAUGAAGCACGGGCAUGGAAGUACUUCACUGUGGGCAACAAGAUGUUCCUAGCAGUGGCUAACUCCAAGGGCCAGCCCGGCGGGGAGUGGGAGGAGUCAGUGAUCUACAAGUGGAGCAGCAGGAAGUUAAUGUUUCUACCUUAUCAGACCAUAGAGACACACAGUGCUCUGGACUGGGAGGCCUUCAGCAUACAGGAACAACAUUUCCUGGCUGUGGCCAAUCACAGACGAGGUGACAACAAUCACAACAUCGACAGUGUGAUUUACCGGUGGAACCCAGGGACCAAGGUGUUUGAGGUGAAUCAGACCCUCGAGACUUCUGGGGCCUACGACUGGGAGUUCUUUUCCGUGGGCCCAUACCACUUCCUGGUGGUGGCCAACACUUUCGAUGGAAUAUCCACCAACAUCAACUCCACCAUAUACAUCUGGCUGGGAGGAAUGUUCCAGCCAUUUCAAUACAUCAAGACGGUGGGAGCGACGGACUGGGAGAUGUUCCAGGUUAAGGAUCGGUACUUCCUGGCGGUGGCUAACGGCCAGAAACUGAACGAGAGAGGCCCUAGUCACUACAACAUCAACUCAACCAUCUACGAACUGAACGUGAUCACACAGACCUUUGUUAAGUUCCAGGACAUCGUCACAAACAGUGCGGUGGACUGGGAAUUCUUCUCGGUGGGUGAAGAGAAGUUCCUUGUUGUGGCCAAUUCUCACGAUGGAUCCUCGUAUUCUUUAAACAGUGUUAUAUACAGGUGGCAGGGAUAUGAGGGAUUUGUCCCUAUCCACCGGCUCCCAACCAUUGGCUGUACGGACUGGGAAUAUUUCAAUACCACAGCAGGAUCCUUUCUCGUCUAUUCUAGUGCCACCUCUCCCCUGUCUAAAGUCUUCAGACUGAAGACAUACUGAUUCCUCACUGUUCUGACGCUCCACUAUCUGAGCCAGAGAAACAUGGUGGAACAAUGGAAGGGGAAGGAAUCACAGCUUUUCUAGCGUUGCUGGACAGAAAGGCAGGCAGACAGACCAACAGAAAGGCAGGCAGGCAGACAGACCAACAGAAAGGCAGGCAGGCAGACAGACCAAC